GAAGGCAUCAAAGCCUAGGCAAAGAUUCUAUUUCGAGAGCACUGGUGAUAUUCGUGAUCGACCAGAAACAAAAUUUUAAAUUAAAUAUGGGAAGGAAGUUCUUCGUCGGCGGAAACUGGAAAUGCAAUGGAACUACUGAAGAAGUGAAUAAGAUCGUGAGUACUUUGAAUGCUGGAGAGGUUCCUUCUCAGGAUGUUGUUGAGGUUGUGGUUAGCCCUCCAUUUCUGUUCCUUCCUUUGGUCAAAACUUCACUGAGGCCUGAUUUUCAUGUUGCUGCACAAAAUUGUUGGGUCAAGAAAGGAGGUGCUUUCACUGGUGAGGUUAGUGCCGAGAUGCUUGUCAAUUUGAGCGUUCCUUGGGUUAUUAUUGGUCAUUCUGAGAGGAGACUUAUUUUGAAGGAGUCAAAUGAGUUCGUCGCAGAUAAGGUUGCUUAUGCACUUUCUCAAGGCUUGAAGGUGAUAGCUUGUAUUGGGGAAACACUUGAGCAACGUGAAGCAGGAUCCACCAUGGCGGUUGUUUCUGAACAAACUAAAGCAAUUGCAGCAAAAAUAUCAAACUGGACAGAUGUUGUUUUGGCUUAUGAGCCAGUGUGGGCCAUUGGAACUGGGAAGGUUGCUACUCCAGCUCAAGCUCAGGAAGUACAUUUUGAGUUGAGGAAAUGGCUUCAAGCAAACGUUAGUCCUGAUGUUGCCGCAUCAACCCGGAUUAUUUAUGGAGGGUCUGUUACCGCUGCAAACUGCAAGGAACUAGCCGCUCAACCGGACCUAGAUGGUUUCUUGGUCGGUGGAGCUUCACUCAAGCCGGAGUUCAUUGACAUUAUAAAGUCCGCUGAGGUGAAGAAGAAUGCCUAAGGUCUGAUUUAAGAGUACUUGCAGGAUCUGUUACGUAAUAAGAGUUUCUUUUUAAUGAAUACCAACUUUUAAGGAAAUAAUAAUUCAUACCAGCACCUUAAACUGGAUUUUUAUGUACUAUUAUUAAUCAGUAUGUUUUACAAUUUCCCGAGCAAUGCAAUUUUUACUUGAAUAA